CUUCCCUGCCAGUCUCCGGCUCAGUGGCUCUGCUCCUCUCCUGCCAAGGAGUAGGAGAAGAAAUGCCCAACUUUGACCCUUCUUUCCAAAAAGACCAGAGAGGAAGGCUCAAAAGCCAGUGGGAAGGAGGGAAGGAGAGCUUGGGAGGGGUGGAGAGAGAAGCCCAGAAAGAAGAGACAGAGAGAAGCAGCGAAAAGCAGGGGACGAGAGAGAAGAGGUUUUCAGUAUUCCAGCCUGCAAUAGCAACCGGUGGGGCUAGUGGUGCGCGCACACAGACCACUCGGCACCUGUGAGCUGGGCACAGGCACGGCUGGGGAGCUGGGAGACAGGCUCAGAGGGGAAACCCUUCCGUGGGCAGUGGGAAUUGAAGGCUCAAGCCACCGAGGCAGUGCCCACGGAGGCAGGGAAUGGACGAAAAGCCACUCAACUUGCUGGAGGACAAGGAGACUUGAAGACACCAGGCUCGGGUUUCCUGCCCCUUCUGAACUUGGAUUCUUCUGGGCAGGUUCCCCCGCCCCCCUUUUGUCUUUUCUUGGGUCGCUCGAAGGGUUUUCUCUCCUGGCCCCCAGGGACGCCAGCUGCAGCACACCCGGGCAGAGCUGGCCGCCCUUCGGGGCAGUUCGGGGAGCCCCUGGGCCCCCCCACAAACGAGAGAGGAAGGCAUCCGUCACGCUGCAGCCCCCUGCCCGAGCUGCCGCUCUGUAUGUGGACACCGCGCGUCCCUGGGCUCACCUGGCUCGUGCAUUGAAGAUGUCGGGGAAAGUUUUCCUGAUGUACCUGACGAUCUAUCCCGCCCUGCAGAUAAGGACAGAAAGCAUGGAGGAGUAUGACUACGAUUACCUCAGCAUCAAUAAAACCUGGGUCCUGACCCCCAAGGCGCAGGAGACGGACGCCACCCAAAUCCUCAACUCGCUGCUGAAGAACUACGACAACAAACUGAGGCCCGACAUUGGCAUCAAGCCCACAUUCAUCGACGUGGACAUCUACGUGAACAGCAUCGGACCGGUCUCCGUCAUCCAGAUGGAAUACACCAUUGAUAUCUUCUUCGCUCAGACCUGGUACGACCGGCGCCUGCGCUUUAACAGCACCCUCAAAGCCCUGACUCUGAACACCAACAUGGUGAGCCGCAUCUGGAUCCCAGACACCUUCUUCCGGAACUCCAAGCGGGCCGACUCACACUGGAUCACCACGCCCAACCAGCUGCUCCGGAUCUGGAAUGAUGGCAAGGUGCUCUACACGCUCCGGCUGACCAUCGAGGCAGAAUGUCUUCUCCAGCUGCAGAACUUCCCAAUGGACACACACUCCUGCCCUCUGGUUUUCUCCAGUUAUGGCUACCCGCGAGAGGAGAUUAUCUACCGCUGGAGGCGGUACUCCAUUGAAGUCUCCGACCAGCGCACCUGGAGACUUUACCAGUUUGACUUCACGGGCUUGAGGAACACGUCGGAAGUUCUCAGGACAGGGGCUGGGGACUAUAUGGUCAUGACGGUUUCCUUUGACCUGAGCAGGCGGAUGGGCUAUUUUGCCAUUCAGACCUAUAUCCCCUGCAUCCUGACAGUAGUUUUGUCCUGGGUUUCCUUCUGGAUCAAGAGAGACUCCACCCCCGCCAGGACGUCUCUGGGCAUCACCACGGUGCUCACCAUGACCACCCUGAGCACCAUCUCCCGCAAGCACCUCCCCCGAGUCUCCUACAUCACCGCCAUGGACCUCUUUGUCUCCGUCUGCUUCAUCUUUGUCUUCGCUGCGCUCAUGGAGUACGCCACCCUCAACUACCUGGUGGGAAACAAGAAACCCCCGGAGCACAACAGCAAGAAACCCAGACUGCCACCUGCCCACGCCCACGUGAUGCCCUCCUUCACCACCAUCAACAUCAACCACCUCAUGCACUGGCCUCCGGAGGUGGAGGAGGAGGAGGACCCCGGCUCGCCUUGCCUGGAAGGGAAGGAAUGCGAGAGGUUUUUUUGCUGCAUCGAGGACUGUCAGACAGGGACCUGGCGGGAGGGCCGCAUCCGCAUUCACAUCUCCCGCCUGGACUCCUACUCCCGGGUUUUCUUCCCCACUGCCUUCCUGCUCUUCAACAUCGUGUACUGGAUCGCCUAUCUCUAUCUCUAGCUCUCCCCCGCCUUGUGCUGAAAUAAACCAGACGCCAGCAGGAUUUGCAAAAAAGGAAAAAGGGAAACGGUGUCGCUUCUCAUUUUAGUCCUCAACGGAUUUGGCCCUGGCCUGAUCUUACCUCCUUCUUGCCCUUCUAGGUAGAAAAAAAAAAACACAGCCAGUCUCUGAUGCAAAGUAGUUCGUCCCCCCAUGGGAAAUUUCCUUGUGAACAUUUCCGAUUUCCAUCAGAAAUACAAAGCUGAACGCUUUCUCCAUAUACCCAAAUAAUUCCAUGGAAAGUGCCGAUGAAAGACAAAAAAAAAAAUCAUUUUUGCAGGAAAUCAAAUCAAUGUCCUGAUCAACUCUAUUCCUGAGCCAAUUUCCACAGGCAUAGACCCUAGUGUAGAGCCACAGAAAAAUCCACAAGGGCUGCAUGUGGGGUGGGAGGAAGAAAAUGGCUGCAUCCUCCCCUCCAAAAUACAGAUGGCACAGGCCAGAAAGGAUGCACGGCCAUAGACAGGGGAUGGGGAUGGACCAGCGCUUCCCCCAGCAGUUGGUUCCUAUGGAGCUCCCACUGUUGCGGUGCCCUGCAGUAGCAGACAAUACCAAAAGACAGGGGAUAGGGACUUGCCCUGAUACUUUUCAGGCUAUGAAGCAUGGCAUUUGUAAAGUUUUCAAUGAGUCUGUGAGGAUCCAUCUGCUGUGCAAAUACCACAUUUGCAAAGGGCCCAGGUACAUCAGGGUUGCAUUCUGUAGAUGGGAUUUCAGCUACUUUGCGUACUGUGAGCAGAUCCUGCCAAGCCAUUUUUGAAAGUUGCUAUUAAUCAAGCGGUAGAAUAGUGGCGAGUAACCUGGUUUCAUCGCACUGUUGCACCCUAAUAGAACACCCAUUUACACGGAUUAGAAUUUUUUUAAUGUUUUCUACAUUUUUCCAAAUAUGUUGAUUUUGCUUGCAACACAAAAUACACCACGCUCGCUUGCUAGUUGAUUACAAAUAUGAGCACUGUAAAAAAAAUCUUUAAAAAAGGGAGCAGUAUUUUACAGAUUCCCUCGCACAAUUUCUGGAGUGCAAUCCCGUUAACCUCCAUGAAUUCAGCCUUAUUCCUCAGUGCAGACAAGGCCUACGUUGCUCUUUCAGGAUGAUUUUUUUUUUUAGCACCUGAUUUUGUAAUGUUGAAGGUGCAUGUCCCCACUGUGCUCAGGGGUUUGAUGCCGUGCAUCCGCAGAAGGGUGGAUGCCAUCGACUUUGACAAUGAUGCUUUGUGGGUAGCUAUCCCACAGUUCCUACUGCUCCUUUGCAUUCUGAGUGAUGCUCCCAGUGCCUGAUGGGAUCAAACAGUGCAGCAGGUGGUUCUGGGUACAUGUCAUCAGUAACCAACCAUGCACUCAUCUCCUCCCUGCCCCGCCCCCCGCCGCUUGAAAGCAACACCAGUCGUUUUGCUCCCAUUUUCCCCUGUGCAGACGUCAUAGCAGGGUAAGCAUGCAACCCAGCAUGGAACCUGCUGAGUAGCAAAGCUCUAUGGCAAUUCGAGCAAACAUCUCGUGCCUUAUGCUGCAGUGUGUCCAGCGCCUCACUGAGUCCUGCCGUAUGGAGGAAGAAUCUGAGGACGCCAUGAACAGAUUCUUUCGUGACGCACUUGAGAUAAAGGACUGGCAGAUGCUGGCGGCAGUCGAUCGUAUUGACACCAUCGAACACUGGUUCUGGUGCCGUGAGACAAGCACAGCCUGGUGGGACCACACACUGUUGCAGCGAUGGGACCAUUGGCAGUGGCUGCAAAACUUUCAUAUGCAUAAGGCCACUUUCAUGGAAGUUUGUGAAUUACUUUCCCCCACCCUCAAGUGCAGCAAUCCCAGAAUGAGAACCGCACUGACAGUGAAGAAGCCAGUGGCAAUAGCCCUGUGGAUGCUUGCCAUGCCUGACAGUUAUCAGUCAGCUGGGGAAUCAAUUCGGAGUGGGUAAAUCUAUAGUGGGGGCUGCUGUGAUCCAAGCAGCCAAGGCGAUCAAUACUUUCUGCUGGGAAGGGUACUAUCUCUGGGAAACGUGCGGAAUCUAGCAGAUGGCUUUGCCGCGAUGGGGUUCCCUAACUGAGAUAAGGCGAUGGCUGGAAUUCACAUCCCUAUCUUGGCCCCUGACCCAUCUUGCCGAAGAGAACAUAAACCACGGGGUGGUUUCUGGAUGGUGUUACAAGCACUGGUGGAACACAAGGGCUGUUUCACUGACAUCAUCGUGGGAUGCUCAGGAAAGGUGCAUGACGCAGGCACCUUUAGGAACUCUGGUCUCUUUAGAAAGCUGCGAACUGGAACUUACUUCCCAGACCAGAAAACUAACAUCAGAGGCAUUAAAAUGCCAAUAGUGAUCCUUGCAGACCCAGCCUACCCCCUUGCUCCCGUGGCUCAUGAAGUCGUAUUCAGGCAGACCGGCCUGCGGUAAGGAGCAGUUCAGCUACAGGCUAAGCAAAAGCUUUUGGACGUUUCAAAGGAAGUUUUCACAGUUUGUUGACUACGUUAGAGCUCAGCAAAAGCAACUUUCCCAUUGUUGUGGCAGCCGUCUGUGUGCUCCAUAAUAUCUGUGAAAGCAAGAGGGAACGUUUUAUGCCAGGGUGGGGAUUGGGGAGGUUGAGACAGAACCACCUAGUCACUAAUUAUGAGCAGCCAGACACAAGGGCAAUAAGGCGAGUACAGGGAGGUGCACUGCCGAUCAGAGAGGCUUUGAAAACAGCUUUGUGCCUGACCAAACAGCGACAUGACUGUCAUGCAUGUUGUUCUUAACAAGGUGCCCUCUGCACUAAGUGUGCUUGCCUGCAAACCCUCCCCAUGUAACACAAGCAAUAAAGAUACAGCUGUUGAGAAAUCAUUGGCUUUUAUUUAAUGAGCUCAAGGAAGAAGGACUGAAGAGGAGUUUGGGGUGGAGGGGGGAGAAGGGGAAGUGUCCCUUGUUCAGCAAUCUCACAGGUGUGAGAAGGACAGCCUCUUGUUGUGGGGCACAUCCCUGGGGCUUGAAUGUAAGGUUGCUCUUAACUCUCCUCCCCACACACAUGUUCUAGGGCUCCUGGUAUGGAAUUUGGUAUGGAGGGAAUGUGGGUUACUAAUGUCCAGAGGGGGUUCCUGUGCUCUGGCAGUUGUGUGAGUCCACCAUAUGCACCAUCAGACUUGCCAUGGCCAUCAAGACUUUCUCCUCUGUCUCCACUUAGAGUUACCUGAUCGCUUCUCUGUCCUCAUGCUCCCUCAUCUCCUGCAGCAGUGUUUUCCUCCACUCACUCAAUUGCUCCAUGUGCAAGUGGACAGAUUGCAUUUCCUCACUGAACAUGUCACCCCCUACUACACUUUUGCCUGUGCAGCUGU